AUGGAGAUUCCAAACACCCUGUGCGCCGUGGUAAAGGCGGUUUUUUCGAGAGUGAUUGGUGUCACAAAACGUGCAUUGCAGAUAGCCCUCGGGAGAAAGCAUCUCCCGGAGGCCCACGUAUUGACUCUAGUGAAAGAGGCGGAGGCGGUAGUGAAUAAUAGGCCGUUGAUGUAUAGCGGUGACAAGUGCGAGGACGAGGUCCUCACCCCCUCUCAUUUAGUGCGAGGUCACUUAAUCAAUUUUAAUGGCACCUGUUUUGCAGAUGAAGACCUUAAUGCUACCUUCAUCUCCCGGAGGCUACGAGAUCGAUAUCUUAAACUAACAGACACUUUGAAAGCCUUCCGAGAGAGGUGGAGGAAGGAGUACCUGAGUGCCCUAAGAGCCCGACACGAUUGUCAGUCUGGGGAACCCACCAGGCUGCACCCCGGAGACAUCGUGUUAGUAAAGCAAGAAAAUCAAAAGCGGGCUAUGUGGCCCCUUGGACGCGUCAUGGAGACGUACCCGGACGACGACGGUGUCGUGCGUUCGGCCAAGGUAUUGUUCGAAGAUGUUGAGUCCCUGCGUACUGUCAGCCACUUGGUCCCCCUGGAACUUGCCCCCUCAGAUGACGAUGAUGGCGUUGGAGACGAACGGCGUGACGAUGUUGGUGCGACGGAGGAGAUGGUGCGUGACGACGACGGCAACGAAGAGGUCCGAGACGAGGGAGCGUAUAGCCCAGCAGUAGGUAAUUCCUCCCGGUAA